AUGUCAAGUUUUGGCUUCGAGACGACAGGAGCUGAAGUGGUGGAAGCAUUCUCUGACCACGUCCGAGAUCGAACAUUCCUCAUUACCGGUCCUAGCCCCGAUGGCAUCGGUGCAGAGACUGCAUCCUGCCUCGCUAAAGCUCAGCCACGGUUGAUCGUCCUCGCCGGUCGAUCGCCAGCGAAGAUUCAACCUGUUAUCGAUGACAUCGAAGCGUUCCAGGUACCGGUUGAGUUCGUGAGGCUGGACCUCAGUGACCAAAACUCGGUGCGAGGCGCUGUCGACACUCUCAGGCAGCGAGGUACCAAGAUCGAUGUGCUCAUCAACAAUGCAGCCAUUAUGGCAUGCCCAUAUGCACUCACAACCGAUGGCAUCGAGAUGCAAUUCGCCACAAAUCACCUCGGGCCUUUCCUGUUCACCAAUCUGCUUCUGCAAGCAAAUCUCAUCACGGAGCGCAUUGUCAAUCUCAACAGCUCGGCAUCUGUUCGCAGUGCCAGCUACCUCCUUGAACCACUCAGUGAUAUGACGUACGGAAACGGCAAGUCGUACGAUGCGGUACGUGCCUACGGCACUUCCAAGAUGGCCGUAUUGCUCUAUACGCGAGAGCUCGCAGCAAAACUCAGGCCUCGUAACAUCUCCGUCUUCACACUCAAUCCGGGAAGCAUCAAGUCUCCCCUUCAACGGUAUAUGAGUGACGAAAUGCGCCAGGCAGCUCUUGCCACCGCGAGAAGGGAGGAUCCAGAUUUUGUGGUUCCUGUCCGGAAAACGCUGCAGCAGGGGUGCUCAACACAGCUCAGGGCCGCAUUGGACCCCUUCCUAGUGGCUCAAACGGGGGCAUAUCUUGAUGACUGCCAGGUGGUCGAACCACAGGUGCACAAGGACGCUUAUCCAGCAACCGCGAAUGUCUGGAAGCUCAGCGAAGAAAUGACGGGAAGCGCAUUCGGGUCGUGA